AUGGUGGACUACUAUAGAAUACUUGGUGUUUCAAGAUCUUCUACCGACGCGGAGAUAAAAAAGGCUUACAGAAAAUUAGCAUUAAAAUGGCAUCCAGACAAGAAUCCAGAUAAUGCAGAUGAAGCUAACAGGCGUUUUAAAGAAAUAUCUGAGGCUUACGAGGUGCUGUCUGAUGAAAACAAGCGGAAAUUAUACGAUGCACGGGGUUCCGGUCACCACAGUCACAGAUAUCAAAGCAAGAACGGAGUUAAUGGCCAUCGGCACUUUAGCUUCAAAGAAAGGAAACGUCGGGUGUACGAUCAGUAUGGGAAGGAGGGGCUGAACAAUAGUAGGGGACGGCAUUCGGCGUCCGACGAGGACUACGACUUCGGCUACCACGGCUUCCCCUUCACAUUCCGAGACCCCGAGGAAGUGUUCAGAGAAUUCUUUGGAGGAUCCCCCUUCGGCGAACUAUUCCCCGAGCUGAACGGCCACGGUCGUCACGGGCGGCGCGGUCCCAGCACGUCUCUGACGUCAUCGCUGUUCAGCCCCUUCGGCUUCGGUAUGCAGGGUCUGGAUGACAUCUUCGCUCACACCAAUGGGAACACCUUCACGUCGUUCUCGACCUUCAACAGCGCAAUGGCUGGACCCGGGAGCGCUAACAUGAGGAGCACCACGACCACCACGAGGAUCGUCAAUGGAAAGAAGAUUACUACUAAGAAAGUCACAGAGAAUGGUCGUGAGAUCGUGAUGUCCUUCGAGAACGGGGUCCUGAAAUCAAAGACUGUGAAUGGUGUACCUCAAUCUUUAACAUAUAGUUAA